AUGGCUGCGAUGAAGCUACACCGCGGUGUUUUGCGACUCUCUUCGGCGACCACUGCGGUACCAGGAGGGAACCACAGUGUAUCAUCGAAACAAGUUGGCUCGUCUUUCAUCACAUGGUUCUGUGUCACUGCAAGGCGGUUGGAUGUAUUUGAUGUUGAUGAUACUCAGACACCUGUGCCAGAGAGAACAAGAUUUCACAGACAAGAGACCACGGACCUAAUCAGAAUGUAUCCUUAUGUGCGACUUAGGUUAUUUAUUGGAGUAGGUAUUCGAUUCAAAUCACAGGAAGAAGAAAGUCAGGGGCUGAAAGAAGAUGGGCUAUGUACCGCUGACGAAGUCUGCCCUUACUGCACUGCUUAA